AGACAUUGUAUAACUGUGAAGGCCAGGAGCGAACGUGACACUACAUGUUUGAAUUUACAGUACAAACAAACAACGUUCACCACCAGAAACUGGUGGUUUCCUGACGCUUGUGCACGGUAUGUGACGUUGAACUUCUGCUUUUCACAGAAAUGUAUCAUCUUCUGACAGAGCGCAAAAGACGACGCAACGCAUCGGGAGGUUGGCUAUGAAGCUGUCUCCUGUUCGUGCAGCAGUUUGCUACCGUCUGCUGAUUCUCUGGGCUUUUCAGUGUGAGGCCACCAAUCCCGAGGUCUGCCAGGAUGAAAAAUCGAUUGAUAACCUCCAAGUGUUGAGUUCCUCAAGCCCAGAGUAUGACUUGGUGGACAUUGAGGAGAACACAAACUUCUGCUGCUCCCUUUACCCAACAAAUAUACUCAACUGCUCCUGGUCCUUCCUUGAUUUACAGCAGGAUGCUCAGCUGUGUGUUUAUAUCAGUGUUUGUGACAACACCAGCACAGUUCGUCCCCUGAGGCUUGUGUCUGAAGAACAUUUGGGAUCAACGUCCAUGGCUCUGAAGGAACAUGAGAUGCUGCAUGUCAUCUUGCAUUUCAACGUGUCCUUGCAACACACGUGGGCAGUCUACAGCUACGUGUACGACACUGAAAUGAUGGAGGUUUUGCCUCCACCUGGAAACAUCUCCGCUUCAGUCAGAGAUGAAGGCCUGGUGGUGACCUGGCAGGUGCCCUGCAGUCGUGCUUACUACAACCCCUCAUGUUUUGAAUACCAGCUGGAAGUGGGAGACGAGGAAAAACCAAAAGUCCUGAGCAGCCAGUUGUCUUAUACUAUCCCGAACGUUGAUCCAUCUUCCACCUAUGGCGUGAGGGUCCGGGCCAGGAAAAUGUUUGCUUGUUUAGGAUCACCACAAUGGAGCCACUGGAGUAACACUGUCAUGAUCGAGCAGUCAUGCGAAACAAUCAACAUUACGGUGAUUGUCUUAAUUACACUUGGAAUACCCAUGAUCCUUCUGGCUUUGCUGCUGUUUUUCCGUCAUCAGAGGUUGGCAGAGGUUCUCUACCCCACAAUUCCCCGCCCUCCAUUAAAGUACAAACACUUCCUGGAAGAAAUCAACUCAUUCAAUGUAGGGGCACGUCUGCACACACUGUGCAUCUACAGCCACGCAUCGAAACACACACUCAGGCCAUCGCCUUUUCUUUUCCAGUUUUAUCAUCCGGCUCCCUCGGUGAAGUGUGAGGAAAUCACGCUGGUGGAGGAAACGGAGCCAAAGCCUGGAAAGACAUUUUAGUACAUAAUAGUCAUACGGCUGGAGUAAAAUGCGCUGAAUGCUCGUAUCUGAAAUAUCGUUGAGUGGAAUUGUUCAUUGUGUAUGUGUAGUGUACUACCCAAAUAAUGAUAAAGAUGAAAUAUCUAUCUAUAGGCAAAUGAGGAGCCGGUCAAACACAUACCAGCUACGAAGGACAAACAGAAAGCCCAUUUAUGCCCACAGGGGUAAUUAACGGUGCAGUAAAAGCGACAUGAUGACAAACAGUUGACCACACUGCACACAAUGCAGCACGCAACAUUGACGCUGUGGGACAAACAGCGGCACGUGGACAAACGUCCAUCUGUGAAAAUAAAUCAGAUUGAAGAAAAGAAAGAUGAGGUCUGCCAAAGGGAAUGAGAGGACGGCAUAUCUGCAUAGCUUUUGUUUGGCAAAACAAACCACAACUUCAUGCGAAGCAUUUUAAAACACCGCCAAGGUCGAGCUGUUAGUGAAACUGUCGGCUGAGAUGUUGUUAGUCAAAAUGAUUUACAACGACGACGUCAAGCAAAUCACUUUUUUUUUUUGGGUGUACUGAUACUAUUUUGUAAUUUGCAAUUAAUACUGCCACAAUUGUCAGGGAGAUGGCAAAUGAUGAAUGUCCCUUUGCUGCGUUUCUCUCACCUCUUCAGUUUGUUCACUUGAUGAAUGUCCUUCUAGGCAGCCAACGCCGCCUGAAUACACAACUGGACCUUUCAACAAACUCUGUGCAAGACCUCAUUUGACUUUGUUGGACUUGAGUGACAUAAUGUAUAGAAUAAAUACUGUAGAGUACAUAAGUAAAGUUCAUGCAGCUCAAGUCCCACAGAUCCCAGUCCUCCCAUUACUUCAGGCGUGCCUCAAGGCUCUGUCCUGGAACCCCUCCUUUUCAUCAUUUACCUUCUCCACCUCUGCAAUAUCUCCUAUAAAUACAACAUCGACUGGUUACGGGCCUGCUAUCAAGCAAACCAAAUUCAAUCCUCCCUCCUCCCUCACCAUCUGCUUAACUCUUUAGUUGUCCAAACUUUUUCCAUUGACUGACCUCAUACUGAAAAAUCAAAGGAUGCUGUGGGCCACUUUUAUAUUUUUAC